AUGAACUCAGUUUAUGAUGGGCUGAAGAAGUUGUGGAAUUCAGCCGAAUUCAACGCUGCGAUCGAAGCCAGUAAAAGUGCCGUCGACGAAGCUGCCUCCCACAUUGGCCGAGCCCCCAUGGAAGUGAGCGCUCGAUCCGUUACCGAUGCCGCAACUGCAAUUACAAACGCUGCGAAUGCCGCCAAACUCAAUGCUUCCAAAGCGGUGGAAUCGACCAAGGCCUUGGCCAAGGAAACUCUUCAAUCCAACGAAGAGACUGCAAACUGGAUUUCGGCCGCUGAGGCCAGUGGAAAGGCCGUGUGUGCCGUUAGUGGGGCGGUAGCGGCGGUUGGAGCCGCCCCGAUCGCUAUGGCUGCGCUGGCAUUCGGCGCUGCGGCCUUGAUCAAGAGUGGACAGAAGCCGGUCGAGGAUCCGCUAAAAGAUGUUUACAAGAACGCAGAGAAAAUGGACUCCUUUUAUUGGUGUUAA